AUGCCAUCCUCCGCUGCGCCGUCGGCGGACGAGACACGACACGCUGCUGCGAGAGACUCUCUGCCGAGCCGGACAGAAGACGGACACGCCACAGGAGGGGCGGAGGAUCCGCACAGACCGCCGCCACACGCUCUGCCGAGCCGGCUCGACGACGAAGCUCGAGGCGCCUCGGCGACUCUGCCGCGGCGGCUAGACGCCGCACUGGUCAAGCUCUGCCCAGGCCGGAGGAGGCAGGAGCUGCGCGCCGCCAUCGGGGAAGGUCGCGUCUCUGUCGAUGGCAUCAGCGACGGCCUCUUGCCGACAACCACGGUGCGCCCGUUCUGCCGGAUAGCAUUGGACGGUAUUAUCGUGCACGAGCGACGGGCGUACUACGUCCUGCUGAACAAGCCCGCCGGAGUGGUGUCGGCUACGAGAGACGCGGCUGCGGUGUGCGCGGUGGACAUCCUGGCGCGAAGUGGACAGCCAACGGACUCCUCAACGCAGGCGGCGGACCUCGUGGCCUGGCGCGGCGAGCUGUGCAUUGCGGGGCGGCUGGAUCGCUGGACGACGGGGCUGCUCCUGCUGACAAACGACGGCCGCUUCGCAAGGAGGGUGACGGAUGGCGGCGGGUCAGUGGAGAAGGAGUAUCGCGUGGCCACUCGUCUUCCGAUCGACGACCUGGGCGCAGCGCGGCCGUCAUGCGCAGCGGUGGCCGCCUUUGCUGGCGGGCUCUACCUGCCGGACAACCAAAGGACUUGUCGGCCGGCGAAGCUGUCGCAGGUGGCGGGCGUGGCGGGCGAGGGCGCGGACCGCACGUACCUCGUCACUCUGUGCGAGGGGAAGCGGCACCAGGUCAAGUGCAUGGUCAACGCCGUCAGCGGCGGCGGGAACCGCGUCGUGGCGCUGCACCGCUCGAGGGUCGGCGGGCUAGUGCUCGACGAGGCGGCGCUGCCGGCCGGCGCUUGGAGGCUACUGACGGAGGAGGAGGUGAGGCGCCUCGACGGCGCACCCACCGCAGCGCCAGCGGAGGAGCGGAGGGAAGGGACGGCGGCUGGGGCCGCGUGA